ACAAGAUAGCUGCUUUAUCACCAUUGGAGCCACUGUCAAAUCUGGCCAGAGACCAAGAAGGGAAGCUAGGCAUGGGGGGAAUUUCUAGAGGACUAAUUUCCAGUUUGUCUGAGAGUUCACGGAAUUCAGUGGAUCACCAUCCAAAAUCUUGGUCUGACUUGUAUAUGCUAAUGACUUGUAUAGGCUAACGGUAGCAAAUAAUAUGAAUGCAAACAGGACCAACACCAAUUUGAUCCAGCAUGAAAGCAGUCUGUUCUCUAGCUCAUUGCCAGAAAUAUUUAGUAGAAAGCUGCAAUUAUUGAGGAAUGAUGCUCCAACUCUUCUACCUAGCUUUAAGGUUGGUUCAGACCAUGAGGAAGAACCUUUAGAAUCCCUUGAAGAAAUUGAGGUGCAGGCCAUUGGAAGUCUCCUUCCUGACGAAGAUGAUCUUUUUUCUGGAGUAAUGGGACUUGAUACUCCUGCCAAUAGGGAUGAUGAAUUAGAGGAUUUUGACCUAUUUAGCAGUGGUGGGGGCGUGGAAUCGGAAAGUGAUGAUCGUUUAGGUGUGGGUCAAGGAAACUUAGAUAUUGUAGGAGCAUCUAAUGGUUCAAUUGUUGGUGGACAUCCUUCUAGAACACUUUUUGUGAGAAACAUAAACAGUAAUGUUGAAGAUUCUGAACUCAAGGCACUUUUUGAGCAAUAUGGAGAUAUCCGUACUCUCUAUACAGCCUGCAAGCAUCGUGGUUUUGCCACAAUUUCUUAUUAUGAUAUAAGGGCAGCCCAAAAUGCAACGAGAGCUCUCCAAAAUAAGCCAUUGAGGCAUAGGAAACUAGAUAUACAUUAUUCUAUUCCAAAGGGUAAUACAUCUGAAAAAGAUGUCAAUCAGGGAACGCUGGUGGUUUUCAAUCUUGAUGCCUCUGUUUCAACCAAUGGGCUUCAACAAAUUUUUGGUGUUUUUGGAGAAAUUAAAUUUUAUGCAACUUCAGACCAAGGGCAAAAUGAAUCUAGUAAUCUCUGUCAAAGUUCUUUGGAUGACUUGAUGGCAAGACGCGUGGCUGGGGUAAGUGCAUCUGGCUACAUGGAUAAUGGAUCCAGCCCGAUAUUAUAUAAUGUUAUACGGUCACCCGUGAAUACAUUUAUUGGACCUAGUCAAAGUUCUAGUGUUCCAACCAACUUGCCUUCUCCUGCAAAGUGGCAUCCUUUCCAUCUCCAAUCCUUUCCCGAGUUUCAUGAUAAUUUAGCCAAAAGCCCUCCAUCUAACUCCUCAAGCACCAUUCCGGACAUGGUUAGCAGUUUUGUUUCCCAAAUGACUGAUGGACUUGAUAAUAGGAGCAUUCAUGGAGUGAGCACAAAUGGGCACUUGAUAGAACCUAAGGGAGGGGUUUUUGGAUCAUCUGGUAAUGGGAGCUGUUUGCUUCAUGGAAAUCAUUAUGCGUGGAACAACUCCAACCCACAUCAGCAGCACCCUUCAAGUGCCAGGAUUUGGUCCAAUUCACCCUCUUUUGUCAAUGGUGUUCGGCAUAUGCCUGCAUUUCCUAGGGUACCUCCUGUUAUGCUGAAUCCAGCAUCACCUGUACACUACCACAAUGGGUCGGCACCACCAGUUAAUUCACCAUUACGGACAGGCGACAUGCCUAUGCUGGGAAAUCUCCUGACACCUCCAGUUUUCACUUAGGAUCUGUAGGGAACGUUGGAUUUCCUGGUAGUUCUCCAUCACACCCUGUGGAAAUUGCUUCCUACAACGUUUUCUCACAUGCUGGUGGAAACAAUGCUGUGGUACACUCUCCUCAGCAAAUGUGUCACCUUUUCCCUGGAAGAAACCCUGUGAUAUCCAUGCCAGGUUCUUUUGAGUCUCCCAAUGAAUGUGUGAGAAAUUUCUCGCACCACAGAAAUGAAUUGAAUUUUAAUAA